CUAGCGUCCAGCAAACCACUAGCUUGCUUCAAGCAGUUCCUUAUUUACUUCAUCUUGCACGUUUUAUGGUGGAUUGUGUUACUUAUUUAUGGAACAUAAUUACUGUUUACCGUCUGCCGCUGGUUCUGUCAACAAGGACAGCUCCCAUAAUCGUAAGCGUACGGGCCAACCAAAUGAACCAAGAAGAGUUUGGGACAAGAGUAGAGAAAGAGCGAGGAUCAAUAUCGAUGUUGCAUUUUGGAGAGAGCUUCGCAACAAACUUCAACUAGAAAGAGAUGCCGAUCUCGCUUGUGUUUUACUUGACAGGUAAGUUUGAGAUUCAGAAACCAGAAUGUCCAGCACUGGUCCAGCACACACAAACUCAUCAACGUUCGUCAUCCAGUUUCAACCAGCAACACAAGCAACACCUGUUACGACGGUGACGCAUGCUACCGUGCCUCUUUCUGGACUUCAGGCGUUUCUGAAAGGCCAACCGAAAGCCCUUGGGACGGUCCAGAUUAUGAUUGGUCUGCUGACACUCCUGUUUGGCAUUGUGUCUACAGUUCAUGUAAAUUCCAUCUUUGUCAUUACUGGUCUUCCUUACUGGGGAUCUCUCAUUUACAUUACUGCUGGAGCACUCUGCAUUGCUGCAGAAAAUAAAAUUAAUUCACCCUCCAGUUUGUGUUUGGUGAAUGCUUCACUUGGAAUGAACAUUUUUAGUACUAUAACAGCAGGCAUCUCCAUUAUUUUUAUUUCACUGGAUUUGGUUAUAAGGCAAUACCCUUACUGCACCGUAAACUGUUAUAUAUUGAGAAUGUAUCAGAUUCUCUUCAUUGGAAUCAGGGUGGUGUUGCUGUUAUUCGCUGUGCUUGAGUUUAUCAUCUCCAUCUGUCUGUCAGCAUUUGCUUGUAAAACCUGCUGUUGUCCUUCUCAGGAUCAGGGACGACGAGAUACCUACGACACCAUCUAUCACGAAAAUUAUUAGCCGCUGGCCUGAGAAACUCUCAAACUGUGCGGCUCAUUCAGUCUUCAUGCCUUAAAAACUGUAUUUUUGCUUUGUUUAUAAGUAAGCACACUACCAGAGCUUUGUUGAUCAUGAGAUUGUGCUUUAUUGCCCUGGUUUGCAUGUUUCUUUGAGACAAAUGACACAAUUAAUGUAAAAAAUACAUGUGUAAGUUUCUUCAUUUCAACAUAAAAUAAUAUU